AUGCCUUACACAUACCGGGACUCGAGACCGCGGUCUCCCCCUCUACCUCAGAGUGCUCGUGCCACACACUCCUCUGGCCAGACAUAUGAGGAGCUGAAGCGCCAGUGCCAGCAGAAGGGGACGCUAUUUGAGGACUGUGACUUCCCAGCCAAUAUCUCCUCUCUCUUCUACGGUGAGAAGCCACCCAUCCCCUUUGUAUGGAAAAGGCCUAGGGAAAUUGUUAAAGACCCACAAUUUAUAGUUGGAGGAGCCACAAGAACUGACAUUUGUCAAGGGGAUCUUGGUGACUGCUGGCUAUUAGCAGCUAUAGCUUCUCUUACACUGAAUGAAAAAACAUUAGCCAGAGUUAUACCUCAAGAUCAAAAUUUUGGACCGGGCUAUGCUGGAAUAUUUCACUUUCAGUUUUGGCAGCACAAUGAGUGGCUGGAUAUUGUUAUUGAUGAUCGAUUACCCACCUUUAAAGACCGCUUGGUUUUUCUACACUCGGCUGAACACAAUGAAUUCUGGAGUGCCUUACUGGAAAAAGCCUAUGCCAAACUUAAUGGGAGUUAUGAAGCCCUAAAAGGAGGCAGUACACUAGAAGCCAUGGAAGAUUUCACUGGAGGAGUUGGAGAAAUGUACGAAGUCAAAAAGGCUCCAGAAAAUUUCUAUGAAAUCUUGGGAAAAGCUCUUGAAAGAGGUUCAAUGGUGGGCUGUUCUAUUGAUACCAGCAGCGCAGCUGAGUCAGAAGCUCGAACCCCUUUCGGCCUCAUAAAGGGUCAUGCUUAUUCAGUAACUGGCAUUGACGAGGUGAGUUUCCGAGGCCGAAAGGUGCAACUCAUACGGCCAAGAAAUCCAUGGGGUCAAGUGGAGUGGAAUGGCCGUUGGAGUGACAAUUCUUCUGAAUGGCAGUCAGUCAGCCCAUCGGAGCAAAAACGCCUGUGUCAGACAGUGCUAGAUGAUGGAGAAUUCUGGAUGAACUUUGAAGACUUCAAAGCACAUUUUGAUAAAGUUGAGAUCUGCAACCUCACCCCAGAUGCUCUUGGGGACAAUGCUACCAACAAGUGGGAGGUGACAGUCCAUCAAGGGAGCUGGGUCAGGGGUUCCACUGCAGGAGGGUGCAGAAAUUUUCUAGACACCUUUUGGACUAAUCCACAGAUCAAGCUGCAUUUGACAAAGAAAGAUGACGGGCAAGAUGAAUGCACAUUUAUAGCAGCUCUGAUGCAAAAGAAUCGACGUAAACUCAGGAAACUGGGUGCUGACAUGCUGACAAUUGGCUAUGCUAUUUAUGAGAGCCCUAGCAAAGAUGGACACUUGAACAAAGACUUUUUCAGAUACCACCCUUCCAAGGCAAGGAGCAAAACCUACAUUAACUUAAGGGAAGUCUCUGACCGAGUCAAGCUGCCACCUGGGGAGUAUAUUAUUGUUCCUACUACUUUUGAGCCACACCAGGAAGCUGACUUCUGCCUGAGAAUCUUCUCUGAGAAAAAAGCCAUCACAGAGGAUGUGGAUGAAAACGUUGACAUUAAUCUCCCAGAGCCCCCUAAACCAACCCCACCGCAACAAGAAACCGAAGAAGAAAAACAGUUCCGGGCAUUGUUUAAACAGGUUGCCGGAGAGGACAUGGAGAUAACUGCAGAGGAACUUGAAUAUGUUCUGAAUGCUGUAUUAAAAAAAGCAAAGGACAUCAAAUUCAAGAAAGUAAGCCUCAUGACAUGUAGAAACAUCAUCUCUCUUAUGGAUUCCAGUGGUAAUGGGAAACUGGAAUUUAAUGAGUUCAAGAUUUUCUGGGACAAACUAAAGAAGUGGCUGAGUAUCUACGUUCAUUUUGAUUCUGAUCGUUCCGGCACCAUGUCCUCCUAUGAGCUUCGUAGUGCCCUAACAGAUGCAGGAUUUCAACUCAAUAAUUACCUGCUGCAGCUGAUUGUCCUCAGAUAUUCUGAUGACCAGUUCCAGAUUGAUUUUGAUGACUUCCUAAUCUGCUUAAUUCGCCUAGAGAAUGCAAGCCGGGUAUUCCUGGCACUAAGUAAGAAAAACAGAGAAUUCAUUAACCUGAAUAUAAAUGAGUUUAUCACCCUGACAAUGAACAUUUGA